AUGCCUAACGUAUCCUUUGACAUCUUCUUUGACAAGGACUUUAUCAACAUCACAGCCACUCGAGGACAGACUGCCCCCAAGGCCAAACCUGAGUGGAAGGUCCGCACCGCUCCCAAACUACCGCCGAAGCCUGUGGUCGAGGACCAUACCGGGACUCCCAGACCACCACCGAGACAGAAGUUGACCACCCUUCGUCAACCGGUGCAACACCACACGCCCCAAGACCCGAAGCCCGAGGUCGCUGAAAGCGUGAACGGUUCCACCAACGGCGAAGACAAGCCCAAGCGAAAGCCUCCGAAGCUUGGUCCUAAAAAGUCGGCCACUCCUGCUACCCCUUCAGCCACUCCGGCUGCCACGGUGGCAAGUGCCGGGGCAUUUGCAGGUGGAGCGGUUAAUGCAGUGGGCAAUAGCAUCAACGGAGUCGGAGAGUCAAUCAAUUCGACAGUUCGAAGGUACGGAGAUGGAGUCAAAGAUUAUGGGAAUGGCAUCAUGGAUUGGACCCAGGCAGGAGGAGUCCGGGCAGCGACAGCAAGCAAUCCUUUGGGGUUAAGUGCAGGCACAACGGGAGGGAAGCGACAGGUCACCAGUCCUCAGAUCUACCGACCACCUGCUACGACACCCAAGACCGCUCCCUCCAAAAGGUUGAUGACAACGGGCAAGUCGACAGCACCCCAGAAGCAGAUCGAGGGAGGUACCCCAAAGAAGGCCUUGCCUGCUCCUGGACCAAAGUCAUCUGCUGCCGGCGCCCCGACCAAGAAGGUCGGGUCUGCUCCCCUCAAGCCCGUGCAGUCAGCGGCGAAGACCAGUACCGCCCCCAACCCUGGAGCUCUGAGGCAGAACAAACAGAGCAAUGGUGCCAACAAAAGUGCGGGUCAGAACAAACUUCCCACAACACCCAACCCAGGAGCGAUGAGGCGCAAGCCCGCAGAGAAUGGCAACACCAAGCAGCCUACCUCAAACAAGAAGGCUCCCAGCAAGCCCAACACAUCUUCUGCGCCAAAGCCGACAACGACUGCGGCAAAUCGACCAAAGGUACAAGGCAAUCCCACUGCUGCCGCCAAUCCUCUCGGGCUCACGUUCUGA